AGGCAUGGCAACUAUAAAAAAGAAUGAGGAUGUGGAGUUUGUCCGAACCGGCUAUGGAAAGGAUAUGGUAAAAGUUCUUCAUAUUCAACGAGAUGGAAAAUACCACAGCAUUAAAGAAGUGGCAACUUCCGUGCAGCUCACUCUGAGUUCCAAACAAGAUUACGUGUAUGGAGACAAUUCAGACAUCAUCCCUACAGACACCAUCAAGAACACGGUUCACGUCUUGGCAAAGUUCAAAGGGAUCAAAAGCAUAGAAGUCUUUGCUAUGAAUAUCUGUGAGCACUUCCUUUCUUCCUUUAACCACGUCGUCCGAGUUCACGUCUACGUGGAAGAAGUCCCUUGGAAGCGUUUGGAAAAGAAUGGAGUUCAGCAUGUCCACGCAUUUAUUCAUACUCCCACUGGAACACACUUCUGUGAGGUUGAACAGAGGAGGAGUGGACUUCCAGUCAUUCAUUCUGGAAUCAAAGACCUCAAGGUUUUGAAAACGACUCAGUCUGGGUUUGAAGGAUUCAUUAAGGACCAGUUCACCACCCUCCCAGAGGUGAAGGACCGGUGCUUUGCCACCCAAGUGUACUGCAAGUGGCGCUACCAGCACAGCCAAGACGUGGACUUUGAGGCCACCUGGGACAUUGUCCGGGACACUGUCCUAGAGAAAUUUGCUGGGCCCUAUGACAAAGGCGAGUACUCGCCCUCUGUCCAGAAGACCCUCUAUGACAUCCAGGUGCUCACCCUGAGCCGUGUGCCCCAGAUAGAAGAUAUGGAAAUCAGCCUGCCAAACAUUCACUACUUUAACAUAGACAUGUCCAAAAUGGGACUGAUCAACAAGGAAGAGGUCUUGCUGCCAUUAGACAAUCCAUAUGGCAAAAUUACUGGUACUGUCAAGAGGAAGCUGUCUUCAAGGCUGUGACAUUGUGGCCACCGGCAGGAAUCUACUCUCGGCUGAGGAGUUCCUUUAUUCUGUUUUUGAUACUGGAGAUUAUAGCCAUGCACAUUUUCAACCUGGAAUAUUGACUUACAGUGUUCACUUUCCUCUCAUAUGAAAUAAUUUAUUUUGUGUACAUCUUGCUCAGCAAAGAUUUUGUGGACUACCUUAUUGGUAAUAAUAAUGUGCAUCAUAGAUACAGUUUGCUUGAAAAACUGAGCAGAAUUAGAACAGUCAUAAAUCAAUAUUUCUUUUUAGUUGUCUUGUGCCUUUCUACCUUAGAGAAGCUUUAAAGUUAAUUCAUUAAGAAAAUCCUCAUGAAAUAAUGGGGAUGUCAUCAUCAAUUAAUUUGUGUGCAAGUUAAAGCA